CAAAGAGAAGGCAACUCCUCAGCAUCACUGGGUCCUCAGCAAGUGUUUUCCAGCAGUGCAACAUGCCCUCCACAUUUAAUGUCACAGCGUCGGCAGCAGUGAUGCUGGCGGCCCUGCUGCUGUGCGCCCUUGGGACUCCGAUUGCAAACGAGCCCGGCGACAGUCCGGCUGGAGACUCUUCGGGUGAGGAGGAGGAGGAGGAGGUGAUGGUGACCUAUGACCUUCUGAGCGUGAACCAAGUUUGGGACUUCAUCAUUGGCGCGACUGCACGCCACCAGAAGGAGUUUGAAGAGGAAUUCCAAAACGCAGUGAAAUAUCAUUUCCUGGACAACUACAGAUUCCCGUCCCUUCCAGCAGACUGCCCUAAUUCAAACUUCACCAUGGAGGCUUGUCUCCACAGGUUGGCUGAAGGCCUGAGCACCUACUUGGUUCUCUUUAAGCACGUGGAGAGCGAGUACCCCAACGGCUCCAUCGUCUUGGAGGUCCGACCCCAGAGUGUGAAACUCAUCAACCUCAUCAAGGGAAAGAUGAGAAACCCCAAACAGGUCGCCGUCCUGACCCUGGACCAGGAGGAGCAGCUGGUGCGUGACAUCUACAACCCCAGCCCUUUCCACAGAAAGAUGACGGCACACAGCAUCCUACGCCAGCUCCACAACUUCCUCCUCGACGGCAGAGUAGAAAUUCGUAGAAGGGAAAGGAGAAGACGGCCCGGCAAGGUUAUUACUCCCUCUUACAAUUUCCUGCAGAGAUAAAAGUAAGCUAUGAAGGAAUACGGGCUGAUGCAGCCGCUCUAACGUUAAUGUUAAGUGGCUUUAAUAUUGUAGGCCUGAGGGCUUGAAACAACCACUAAUGUCUUAUCUAUUUAAUAUAUUUAUACGUGAUGAAAAGUGUUAUUUAUUAGUCAAAGAAAAACAAAUGAGUGAGAUAUAUGUACUUGAAUCAUUUGGAUGUUUACUCAUUUCUGGAUUGGGACAAAUCAUUAAAGCUGUUGUAUUGUUAAUGGUAUUUUACUUUUAAGUUAUUGUAUCUUGUUUAUAUUACACAUUUUUUGUGGUAGCAUUUUACAGCAACAUAAAAUGAAUCAUUUGUAAUAGGGAGUAAUAUUGUGGUAAUUCAAGUAACAGCUUGGUAAUAACAGUGGAAAAUGAGUGUAGGAGAUAUUUCAGUCUUAAUUCACAUUUCUAUUUUAAGACACAAGCUAUAACCAGGAUACUACUUACGAAAUGACAAUAUUUCUGUAUGACCACACCAUUAUCAUUAUUGUCAAGCUGGAAAUUGCAUGAGAUAUUACCAUAAAAUUACCUCCAUGUUAAAAAUAUUAUAUCAUGACCAUGUUGUUACUGUACUUUUAAUUAUUACCCUUAAUUUAAUUUUCAUGUGUGCACUCAGCCCACUGUUCACACAAGUGUUUUGAUGCCAGUGAUGAUAUUUUGUCAAAGUAGAAAACCUAUAAAAUAAAAAUAUAUUUGCAUUCAA